AUGAUUUUUCGCAUCUUUCUGCUGCUGCUGCCUCGAGCCAUCGGCAAGAUCCGAAUGCCCAUGUGCUUAAUGAAGAAACACUUUCCGACUCACUCGGACUAUUAUGGGCAGGGAGACCAUAUUAUUGGUGCAAUCUUUUCUCAGGCAUGUUCUGCACCAUUUAAAUCUCAUUGCAUACUGGUGCCGAAGAACUACCAGCAUGUCUUGGCCUUAGUGUUUGCUGUUAACAAGAUCAACCAAGAUCCUGAGCUGUUACCCAACAUCACACUGGGCUUCCGCAUCUAUAAGAGCUUUUUCAGCCCCAGGAAGACCUACGAGAGCUCUUUUACCUUGCUCUCCACCAGGUACCUAAUGAUCCCGAAUUACAGCUGUGACACCCAGGACAAGUUGUCAGCUGUCAUCGAGGGGCUCGAGUCUGAAACGUCCAUCCAGAUGGCAACCAUCUUAGGCAUCUACAAGAUCCCACAGCUCCAUCCUUUUUUGAAAAAUAUCCGAUUUAACAACAGUGCGAGGGACGAAGUGUUUUUCGAUGAAAAUGGUGAAUCAUCAGCUCGAUACGACAUUUUAAACUGGAUCGUUUUCCCCAACGAUUCCUUCAUCAGAGUCAAAGUGGGUCACGUGGACCCACGGGCUCCUGUCGGCCAAGAGUUCACCAUUAACGAAGCAGCGAUCGUUUGGAACAGCAGGUUCAAUCAGACAGUGCCAAGGUCCAUGUGCAUUGACAGCUGCCAUCCUGGAUAUGUUAGGACAGUUCGGGAGGGGGAGCUGCUUUGUUGCUAUAACCGUGCUCCAUGCCCAGAAGGGACAAUUUCCAACCAGACAGAUGCGGAUCAUUGUGAUAGGUGCCCAGAAGAUCAGUACCCAAACAAGGACCAAGAUAAAUGCAUCCCCAAGUUUAUGAAUUUCCUUUCCUAUGAAGAACCUUUGGGAUUUGUUUUGGCUUCUUUUGCUCUUUUAUUUUCUCUUCUCACAGUGCUGGUGCUAGGAAUGUUUAUUAAGCACUGGGACACUCCCAUAGUGAGGGCCAACAACCAGGAGCUCAGCUAUGUUCUUCUCCUCUCCCUCCUGCUCUGCUUUCUCUGCAGCUUGGUAUUCACUGGCCGGCCUGGCCGGGUGACCUGCCGUCUCCGACAAAUGGCUUUUGGUGUCAUCUCCUCGGUCUCUGUUUCUUCCGCUGGCAAACACAUCACUGUGGUUCUGGCCUUCAAGGCCACCAAGCCAGGAUCCAGCAUGAGGAAAUGGCUGGGGAGCAGACUGUCCGGCUCCAUCGUCUUUUCCUGUUCCCUUAUCCAAGUUGGGAUCUGCGCUGUCUGGCUGGGAACUGCUCCCCCAUUCCCAGACCUGGACAUGAAAUCAGAGGCUGGAGACAUCUUAGUGCAGGGGUCAAACACCGCCUUCUACUGUGUCCUGAGCUACAUGGGCUUCCUGGCCAUUGUCAGCUUCACGAUUGUUUUCCUAGCCAGGAAGCUGCCUGAUACUUUCAAUGAAGCCAAGUUCACCUUCAGCAUUCUGGUGCUUUGCAGCGUGUGGGUCUCCUUCAUCCCCACUUACCUGAGCACCAAGGGGAAAUACAUGGUGGCUGUAGAGAUCUUCUCUAUCUUGGCCUCUAGCACUGGGCUACUGGGCUGCAUCUUCAUCCCCAAGUGCUACAUCAUUGUACUGAGGCCUGAACUGAACACUAGGGAGCAGCUAGUUAGGAAAUCCAAAUCUGGGACACUAGAAUUAUGA